CUUCUAUAAUCAUUAGUCAAUCGCGAGAAUUCAAAAAGACAAGAAAAGGUAUGGUCUUUAAAAGAACAAGUUUUAUGGUUUUUCGUUUUUCUAUGGUGUCUGUUAAAAAAAAAUGUCCGUUGAUUUGAGUUAGUUUUCAAAAUUUAUUCUUCAACCUAAUUAUCAAUUAAAAACAAAUAUCAUUGAGAUGAAAUGAAAGUAAUAAAGUUAUCAUCGUACAUCGUAAAAUGUGACGAAAACAAUCUCGAAUGGAAUGAAGCCUACAGAAAAUAUUUUUGAAUCAGAAUUGAAAACCGUCUCACAAUAGAACAUCGUGACAAAAAUAUGAAUAUCCUGAAACUCGCAGAUGAAGAUUUGGCUGAAAAAUUUCGCCAAGAGUUUUCUGAACAAUACAACAUUUUAGUUCGAAUGCAUCUUUCUUUUGUGUUGGAUUUAAAUACUGAGGAAAACGAGUAUCUGAAUGAAAAAUCUAAAAACAAGAAGUGGAAACUAGUUUCUUUUAUGAAGAAAUCUAAAUCAACAGAUACAUUAGAAGGGUUUCCUCUUACUCAAGAAGGCAUAUCUCAAGUUUAUCAGUUAAUUGAAUAUUUAAAAAAGGAACAAAAUUUGAAAAUUGAAGGUAUUUUCAGAAGAACAGGUUCCUUAAAUCGUCAGAAUGAACUAAAAACUUUAUUGUGCCAAGGUGUUACUAUUGAUUUGGAAUGUGGGAAUUUUAGUGUCCAUGACUGUGCUUCAGUACUCAAGGUUUUUUUAUCUGAACUUCCUGAACCUUUAUUAACAGAGUGCCACUUCCCGGCUUAUUGUCAGAUAGCAGAAUUAUGUGGAAUUAUUGAGAAACCAACUCAAGAAGAAAAGUUGCUAGAAGCUUUACAGUUGAUUCUCCUCCUUCUUCCAUCUGAAAAUAGAGUCCUGCUGAAGGAUAUUCUCGAUCUUCUGCAUUUAACAGCAUCAUAUGAAUAUGCUAACAAAAUGUCUCCAGAUAAUUUGGCAACUUUAUUCACACCACAUUUAUUAUGCCCUAGAAAAUUGUCAGCUGAGCAGUUGCAUGCUAAUUCGCAAAAUUUAUCUGGAAUAAUUGCAUUCAUGAUUACACACUGUAAUGAAAUUUUCAAAAUACCACAAAAGCUAAUAGUUGAUUUUAGGGUGCGUUUUGAAAAAAGAAUAUUGCAACCUAAAAUGUGUAUGAAUGAAUCGGUAACAGAUCAACACGCUGCAAACACUGUGUUUACUUUCAUAGAUCGAGAACUGACUGCAAAAGAAAAUGAAUCAAAUUCUACUGAAACAGCAAUAGCCCAACUAUAUGCUCACAUUCAAAGUUUACCUGAAUCUUCCAAGAAAAGAAAACUAGUGAAACAAUUCAAUAAGGAGAAUGGACAUGGAACUCCUUUACAAGUUUUAAGAAGUAGUGCACCGAAGAGCAAGAGCAUAGGGGACUCGAUAAAGAAACACAUACUGAAUAAGAAGCUUAUGCGUACCAUAAAGAAGCAGAGCUUAUCGCAAAUGAGAUCUUCAAGUGAAGAAGUUUUGAAUUCUCCAGCACAAGGUAUUUUAUCAAGAGCAAGGCUCUUUUGUACAAACUGUGAUUCAAGCCCUGAUAAAGGGAAAGAGGAAAAACAAAAAUUUAUGACUAACACAUCAGAUAUGUUCCAACCUUUGCUUGAUAAUGAACAUAUACAUAAAAGUUUGUCUGAGCCUGAUUUAACUAAUGAAGACGAUGAUCAUCUUAACAAUUCAUAUUUAACUAGUACACCUGCAUGUUUUCCACUUUAUUCAUGUUUCACUCCAGAGGGAUCUGAUAGAAAAUCAAUGUCUCCUAUUACAAGAUCCACUCAAAGCAUGACUCGGGCUAUGCAGGAAACAAUGAUGACACCUAGAAGUCGAAAACCUGUUCUUUUGGUAUCUGGAAACCACAUUAAUCAUCUUUCUAAAAUAGAUUCCGUACAUACAAUAGAUGAUGAAAGUUCAAAUCAUGAAACCUGUAACAAUGAUGACCAACAAAAAUCGAGCACGUCUUUAACGUCAACCUUCCGUGAAUAUUUAAGCUCUCGUGAUAUUUUAACUUGUUCAGGUUCACCAAAGGACUUAAGUUUCUCAAGUAGAACUGAUGAUUUCACUUCUGAUGAUUUAGAAAACUUGUCGGAUAGUAAAAUUACAGGAUCAUUACUUCAGUGUCUUAAUGGAGAUGAACCUGAAGAUGAUGUUGAAAUGGACUCAUCAGAAACUAAUGAAAAACAGUUUAUUCUUAAACCCAAGCAAUUUGACGAGAAUGGUCAACCAAUCAUAUUUGAAACUUCUUUCUGAAACUCUCACUUGAAAGUUUUCUCCUCAUUUAGAUUCUACUAUAUUAUCAAAAUUUUAUAUUUAUGUAUAUUAUUUUUUCCAAUAUUUUUGAUCAAGAACAAUAACAGAGAUCCUUAAGUGAUCAGCAGCUCAUUCAAAGGAACAGUACCUAUAAUGUUUCAACCAAAAAUGCCAGACACUAUUGAUAUUUGACGACUAUUGUACCAAUUGAACUCUUGUUAUGUCUUGGCUAUAAUUAAGAUGUUACUCAUAAUAUCCAAACAAAAGAUGAUUAUAUUAUAUACCAAUAUAAAUAUUUUUUUUAAAU